CUCUCAUUGAGUACAACAAUGUUCAAUGGUAGAGAUAUAUAAGACUGAAGACGAUGUACUCGAACGUAGUAGUUGGUCUACUCAUCAUUGCAGUGUCUAUAAACGUGGUAUUACUAUGUCCAAACAACUGUUCCUGUUUCAUUACUCGAGGUCUCAUCAUAGAUUGCGACAACAAAGGACUGACUGCAUUUCCGAGAGACUUUCCAAAUGACUCAUCUUCUAUAUGGAUGGAUCGCAAUUUCUUCACGACAAUCGAUGAAGGAGCAUUUCAAAAUAUGAAAUUAUUAAAUGCCGUAAGAAUUAGUUUUAGUGCAAUAUUAACCAUUGAGACUGGCGCAUUUAGAAACUUGCCAAAUCUUACACACCUAAAUUUAGACAACAAUCAAAUAACUAUAAUACAACAAGGAGCGUUUAUAGACUUACCAACGCUAAGGUGGAUAGGUCUUAGCUACAACCAAAUAGGAACAAUACAAAAAGGAACGUUUGUAGACGUACCAUCACUCACUUCAAUAGAUUUGUCCGUCAAUCAAAUAAAAACAAUACAGGACGAAGCAUUUCAAGACCUAACAGCCCUCGACGGAUUAUAUUUGUACACCAAUCAAAUAGCUACAAUACAGACAGGAUUGUUUCAAGGCCUAUCAGCGCUACAAAGACUAUAUUUGUCCGGAAACUUUUUGACAAUUGUCAAUAAUGGCUCUUUUGAAAACCUCAAUAGCUUAAGAUAUCUACAAUUGAACAACAACCGAAUAACUACAAUACAACAAGGAUCGUUUCAAGACCUAUCAGCGCUCAUCGAGCUAAAGUUGGAGAACAAUCAAAUUACUACAAUACCACGAGGAACGUUUGAAGUGAUGCCAGCGCUCAACUACUUAGAUUUGAGAGGAAACAAUUUGAUAUUUGUCAAGAAUGACACAUUUGAACAUAACAUUAAUUUAAAAAAUCUGUAUCUCGAUUUAGUAUGUGAUUGUAAUGUUCCCUUUUGGGCCUGGCUUAAAUCAAUAUCGUUCGACGACGAGAUAGUAACCUGUUUGGAUCAGCAUAAUAUUCGACUGUCAAGUCUUAAUGCAAGCGAUUUUGAUAAUUGCACCUACACUUUCUGUUAUCCUGACUAUUGUUCAAAUGGUGGAUCUUGUAGUCAAGACAGUUAUGGUGACUUAGUAUGUUCGUGCGUUGGUGAAUGGAUCGGUGCUACCUGUACAAACAAUUCCUGUCUUCCCGACUAUUGUUCGAAUGGUGGAUCUUGUAGUAGAGACAGUUAUGGUGAUUUAAUAUGCUAUUGCCUGGAUGGCUGGACCGGUGCUAAAUGUACAAACAAAUCCUGUCAUCCCGUCUAUUGUUCAAAUGGUGGAUCAUGUAGUCGAGACCGUUAUGGCGAUUUAGUAUGCUCGUGCGUUGCUGGCUGGACCGGUGAUAAUUGUACAGAAAAUUCCUGUCAUCCCGGCUAUUGCUCAAAUGGUGGAUCUUGUAGUCGAGACAGCAAUGGUGAUUUAGUAUGCUCGUGCAUUGAUGGCUGGACUGGUGCUAAUUGUACAGACAGUCUUUGUCAUCAAGGCUAUUGUUCAAAUGGAGGAUCUUGUAGUCAAAACAGCAAUGGUGACUUAUUAUGCUCGUGCGUCGGAGGGUGGACCGGUGUUACAUGUACAGGUAAAAAGGGGAAUGCAAAAGUGUUUGAUCACGAGAUAUAUAAAGCAUCUCGGAAGAACAUUUCGCCUCAAACUUGCAUUCACAAAAUAAAUGAUCAAUAAUUAAUUUUAAAACAUGCAAAAUUCACGUUCUAGUUCUUUUUUAUAAUACAGAUUAUAAAAUAUCAGUGUAUAUAUUGCUGAUAUUUUAUAAUCUAUAUUAUGUAAAUAGCGUUUCCGUUAUUUAACGUUUAACGAACGUAUUGGAUGAACUAUUUGUUCUGCGUGGACGUUGGAUCUUAUUAUAAGACAAGAGACCGAGUUCUCAGAAUCUAGUAUAUAUAGUUCAUCGAUUUCGUAUUGUUUAAAUCUACUUAAUUUUGAUAUAUAUUUCAUUUUGUGACUAAAUAGGCUGAAUUGUGGGAUUCGUCUUCUUGAAGUACAAACACGUAUUCACCGUUUGUAUAAGAAAAGAAAAAGGUGCUCAAAGAGUUAUUUUCUGCUAACAAAAUUUAUCAUUAGAACAAACAUAAUUCUAGAUAACUCGGGCUUACAAAAAUUGUUAAGUAUGAGCGACGUUUAAAGUAUAAUAUAUUCCCAACAUAAUGAAUAUUUACAUAUUUUAUUCGUAAGAUAGCAUACAUCCAUUUUUACUUUACCAAAUGACAUUAUUUGCAUAUUUUAACACAUAUUUGUCAUUCGAAAAUAUUGAACGCAUGCAAGUACUUCACAUUGCAGCAACAUUUUUAGUUUAUACUUACAUGUGCUCUAAAACUUUGUAUUACUUUCAUAUUUUAUUUGUUAAAUGACUACGUUUAUUAUCAUACUACUUGUAACGUAUACACUGUACACGUGUUAUGUGUAUUUUGUAUACAUAGAAUAAUAUAAACAUGUUUUGUCUGAUACGAUUUGAAAAAUUAAAAGAGCAAUUUCAGGGAAAAGAUGAUGACCCUUGUAUUAUGCAUUGUCAGAAGGGUUGAAAAAAGAGAAGUAAUUGGUUAUUUAAUAAAUAUCGGCUUCAAUAUUGUAGAACCUUUCUUGUUUAAAUAAUGAAGUAUGAUUAAACAUCGUAAAGUUCUCAAGUAUGUUUCUCUUCUUGUUAUAGUAGUAUAAAGCCUUACAUUGUACAAGAGAUGUACAUUGCUUUUUUAGAAUACAUAUAUUAGCAUUUACUAACCUUAACAUUUAUAUAAUUACUUUCUUUUAUUUGAUUUGUUUGCUAUUUGUUAUACACACGAAACGUAAUAGUUACUGAAUUGGAAAACAAAUGUAAGUAUUAAAUGAUGUAAUCAUUAUAAAUUCUUUUUUUAUAAUACUAAAUAUCGGUUUUUUUAAUCAAGUAAGUUUUCCAUGUAAUUACGUCUUUAUUUCAGAAUAAGUUUAUUGAAUUAAUAUAAAUAAGUACUAAUUCUUUACUUUUCAUUUUCAGAUCUUUUUUGUUAUUUUUUGUUACCUGAAAUAAUACUUCUUAUAUGUUUCAGAUAUUGCAAUACAUAUAGUUGUGAAUGUUUUGAGAAAAUAAGUACUUUAAAUAACUCAUUUAACAUUAUUCAAUAUGUGACUGUCACAAACUCACUGGUAUUUUUUUUUUUACAAAUAUCUAUCUUAAUUUCUUGACAUGUUCAAUUCAAAUGUUGUGUGUUUGAGCUUUAUUUUCUUUGUAGAUGAUCAUCUUUUCAGCCACAGAAGAAAUUCGUAUUUGGUUUGUCUUUUAUCGGAUGUUGUCAAGGACACAACAACACAGAUUUUAUCAGGUGUCCCUAGGAUCAUCUUAAAUGAGCAGGAUUUAUGAUACAUGUGUAUGUUUCCUGCGGAAUAACAUGAUAUAUACGUCAUCGCCAAUGUAUUGAAACAGUAACACUAGUGAGUUUGGUGCCAUAUCUGGUAAAAUGGGCAGGAAUUUAACAAAAUGACAUGUUGGUUACCAAAAGUAUCAACUUUAGAUAUUCAUUUAAAGUGCUGAACUUUCUCAAAUUGCCUACAGACUUAGAUCAUACAGUUGGUGUAUAAGAUGUUAACGACACCAAAUCACCAAGGAGUUAUCGGUGUCCCUGGGACCAUUUCAUUAUGAAAGCCAGCCGUGACUACUUGGCCAUCGAGACACUUGAAAAAGACGAAAUGUCAUGUAUAUGAUAAUUUCCCUCAAUAUGUAGAUAUUGAUGAUGGUGGAUGGUGGAUGGCUGCUUAACGUCCAGCGGCAAAUGAAUAUGCAUUUCUUGGAAGACAACAUGUUUAUGUACUAUGAAAUUUACUCCUGCUUUGCAAUAGACUGACACGCUGAACGAAAAUUUAAAUGUGCUAAUUCACAAG